CUAAGUCAACUUUCCGUAGUGAGAACAGCAUCGCCAUCUUAGAAACAAACGACCCGCUUCCUUCAUUUUCGCUACUUAAAUCGGAUGAAGAACGAGAGAGGAAGGCAGAAACUUCAAUGCCAGGCACCUACCACGUCGUUCUCGUUCCAGAGAGUUUCUCUAGCCUCCCAGAAUAUUCCCAAGGCAGCUCUGAUAGAGGCCCCAGAGAUUCUGUUGCCGCUCCCUCAGUCAGCCAGGCUGUUGAAGACAAAGAUCGUUCUUGUGCAAACGAAGAAGAUACCAAUGUGGUAAUUGUCGAUGAAUUCCAGGACACACCACGGCGCCCUUCUUCUCAUUGCAGAAGCUCAACUCUAUCCCCAACGUCCGACAUGCUAGGCUCUCUAUCGCCGACUAUCGAGUCCUAUAUCACUUCUCAGGACGUCAUGCAAGACCACCAAAUGCAUUUACCAGGUCAAUUCGUCGAAGAUGUAAGUCAAGAAGCGACUUUGCUUCAACAUUUCCGACAAGUGGUAUGGAAGCAAUUAUUCCCGGGCGAGCCUUUGCACGACAACCUGGGUGACCACAGUUUAAGCGCAGAGGUUUUUGAGCGAGAAGCUGCAGAGUUUCCCCCCCUUUUCCAUGCUAUGAUGGCAGUAUCUGCUCUCAGUCUAGCCCAUCAAGAUGGUAGCCAAAAUAUGGAUGCCUUGCAAUACUAUCAACAGGCCUUUCCCUCGUUGCAAAAUAGCAUUCGUAGCAGCGAAGACCUUUUGUCGGAUGGUCUCUUCCUUACGCAUUUUUUGCUUCUCGUAUACGAGAUUGCAGCUGCUGAACCCAGUGGUUCAAACCUCUGGUCACACCAUAUCUCCCGGCUACUUCAUAUCUCGAUACUGAGGAGAUCAACGCUUGGAGCAGAACGAUACUCCUUUGUGAUAUGGUGGGUUUGUAAUAUCGACCUGUACGCACUGCUUAGCGGAGCAGGGACGGGCGAGUUUAUUGGGGCAAUGAUAGAGAACCAUCUGCUGCCUGAAGCAGGGUCUCUUCUCUAUCCAGCUGGAAAUGGGGGGUACAGCGUGAUCUACCCACAAGAGAAUGAUAGCCUACCCAUCUUAUUGCGCCUGUACCAUGACACAUUUAUACUAUCUUUUCAGCUAGGGUUUUUGGGUGCAGAGAUUCGACGAAGUAUAAAACAGUCGUCGUUUAUGUUCAUUCCCUCUGAUCGGCAGCAAAGGGAGAUUUCGGGGAUACAAGAAGCGUUCAGGGGGCUGUGGGAAUCGCCAAACAUACAAUACUUGCUUCAGACAGAUCUACCCAAAAGAUCAAAGGAUAUCUUGCAACAGUCAUCCGCAUUGUUGCAUACUGCGCUUCUCUUCUCCCAUACGAGCAUGUGGCCUGGACAACACCUUGGACCAGAGGCUUUUCCUGAAGAUAACAUUUAUCCUCACGUUACGGCUAUCUUGCAGAUCGCUGAAAGUGCGAUCGCUGAAGCUGGAGGGGCUGGCCAACGAUUUGUCACCUUCCCCCUUUUCCUGGCCGGUGCUGUCACCACUUCUCAUGAGCAAAAGAUGGUAGCGAUGGAGCUACUAUCAAAUAUGACCAGGGAAGAGAUGGGGUACAAUGCGGCGACAACGCGAUAUAUCCUGCAGGUGGUGUAUGAACAACAAGCACAGCGACUGAUGAGCGCGGGCCAUGCAUUAAAUGUGGACUGGGUGGAUAUCAUGGAUCAACAUGAUCUCCAGGUGGUUAAUUUUGGAUGAUUAUUCUUCUCUCAUGAGUCAUGUAUUUACUAUUUAUUAAUUUAUGUAUGCGAUUAUCAGCAUUGUCGAAUAUUAUAGUAAUAAUAACCAAUUGAUACAACAAUAAUAAAGUGGUAGAAAUGAAUGAUAUCGACUUUUUUUUUCCCCC